AUGGCCGAUUCACCGCCGACUCGUGCGAACGGCAGCUUGCCCGAACACAUCAUGACUGAUGUUAACCUUGACACACCGCCGUCAGUCGCGGCGGCGGCGGCGGCGCCGUCCAUUCCGUCAACUCCCAAUAUGCCCAGCACACCAAGCCUGUCUUCCUCCAGGUCUUUGUCUGGGUUCACGCCGCUCGUCACUGUCGUCGACUUUCAUCAUGCCAGGGGUCCGGAGUGCGAGAAGUGGUUUGGUGUUCCUGAGGGAUCCGAUCCCGCAACAGAGUACGACUGGGGUCUGCUCCCUUUCAUGGCACUCAGCGAUGGUGCCCACGCCGAAGACUUCUCCUACUUCACCCUUCUCCGACCCUCGAAUCCCGACGAGAACGUGCCGGCGACCUCUCUCUUCGGCAUAUCAUGCACUCGCCAGCUCGAUGCCGCCCAAUUGCUCAACCGUCCCGCCGAUGUGACCCGGUCCACUGUACAGAAAGCCGUUGUUGUUAUUGCCGACAGUCCCCAGUUCUUCGGCAUGAUGCGCGAGCGACUCAGUGUGGUCACGCAGGCCUGGUUCGCUCAACGCGACUUCUCCGACACGGAGAUCCUGCGCCGUUUCCAAGACAGCCUCGCUGACGAGAAGCGCCGCGGCGUACUCAAUUCCGAUGAGGACCGCGACCAGUAUCUUGGUAUGAGCUUGCGUGAGCUUGUCCGCGAGUUCCGCUGGCAGACUCUUGUCUUGCUCAAAUGUUGCCUUUUGCAGCCCAAGAUGCUUUUCUUUGGAUCGCGGUGCGAACGUCUGUGCAUGAUGCAGUUUUCUCUCAUUUCCUUGAUACCCGGCCUGAUUCGAAAUUUGCAAGACUGCGCGGAUCCCGAGAUGAACAACUACGAGAAGGGCCUGGCCACCCCAACAACCUUGCGGACGAGCGACCGCAGCUCCCUGCUCACGUAUAUGGGCCUGCCGCUGCAAAUCUUUGGCAAGGGCAGCCUCUUUGGGCCCUACACCCCCCUUCAGCAACUUGAUAUUCUUGCCGACUUUGGCACGAAGUCGUACAUUGUUGGCAGCACCAACUCACUGCUCCUACAGCAAAAGGACCGUUACAGUGACAUUCUCAUCCACCUCGACGACAACACGGUCAAUAUCACCUCGACGUCCCUCCGCCAGGCCCUUACGCUCUCGGCCGCUGACCGCCGCUGGAUUGACUAUCUGACGCAGGAGGUCAACGACACGUGGGAUGAGGCGAACCCCGGCCGCCCCAAGACGAUGGGCUAUGUUGGUUCCGAGGAGUUCAUCCGCCUGCAAUUCGAAGAGUACAUACUCUCCCUCAUCUCCUCCUUCAAGUACCACAAGCACCUCCAGGCCAACCAGCACAACCCUCGGGCGCUGUUGCCACACAUUGACGGCGACCCUGUGCUCGACUUUGGCGCCGACUUCAUCGACGCCUGGCAGCGCACCGAGAACCACCGCAUGUGGAACACCCACACCGACUCGCACCUUUUCGACGUUGUCGAACCAAAGCACCCCUGCGCUGGCGGCCUCACCAUUGACGACGUCCAGCGCCGCAUCGCGCAGCAGGUUCAGGACAUGCACCUCGACGAGCGCUUUGCUGUCGGCCGCGAAGCGUUGGGACGGAACCUGGCUGCCGGUCGCGAGAAGGCGUCUACCAUGUUCAACAAGUUCUACGCCGAUAUGGAAUCUUACCGUGAGGCGCAGCGCGCCAAGGCCGAAGAGCAGGCCGCCGCGCAGUCGGCCUCCGCGAACUCCGCCGCGGCGGAGAAGAAUGGCGUCACUGAUCAUGAGGCCUCGCUGGCCGGCGGGAGCGGCGCCAAAUCGACGACGUACGUCGGCAGCUGGGUGUCUUGGGCCGGCGAGAAGAGAAAGGGGUGGGGUUCUGGCUGGGGAGCGCGCAAGUCGGACAAGUCUGGCGCGUCAUCGCCGGCGAGUGCGCUCUCGCCGAGGGAGGAGGGCGCGAACCGCUUCUCCGGAUCGUCGUUUUUUCCGGGUCGUAACGCCCACGGACAGGCCACGACGGCGGGCGCUGGACAGGAUGAGAAGAGGCCUGUGACGGGCAACUCGUUCAGCGAGAGCAUCUUCUCCUCGGCAGGCACGACCGACUCGGCGCCGGGAAGCCCCAGGGGUUUCAAGCACGAGGAGUUCAUCCCGCGAGAUGUGACGCACGGGCGACCCGAGGACAAGACCAAGGCUCCCGCACCGCACGAUAUCAAGGAUGAGGUUGUGGCUGCUACGCCGACGUUGGGGCCAGUAGUGGAUAAGGCCGACUUGAAGAGUGAGACGGUCACGCCGACACCAGAAAAGGUUGACGUCGUGUCCGUGAGCAAGAAGGAAAUGGCCGCCCCAGCACCGGCCGACGAACCUGUGGCCGAUAUCGUCGUUCCAAGCACAGCAGCAACGGCCGAUGCCCACACCAACGGGACCAAGCUCGAAUCAGAGGCAGGGGCAGAGACAGGAGCAAAGAUGGAGCCCGAGGUCGUCACAGCGACGGGCGAGGUCGUGAGCAGCGCACCUGCCGCCGACGGCGUCAAAGUCUGA